AUGUCUUUAACAAACUGCCGUUUCUAUGAGGAGAAGUACCCGGAGAUCGAUAGCUUCGUCAUGGUCAAUGUCAAGCAGAUCGCCGAGAUGGGUGCUUACGUCAAGCUCCUCGAGUACGACAACAUUGACGGCAUGAUUCUGCUGUCCGAACUUUCCCGGAGACGUAUCCGAUCUAUCCAGAAGCUCAUCAGAGUCGGGCGCAACGAAGUCGUCGUCGUGCUCCGUGUCGACAAGGAGAAGGGCUACAUCGAUCUCUCAAAACGACGAGUCUCGCCUGAGGACAUGGUCAAGUGCGAGGAGCGAUACAACAAGAGCAAGACUGUCCACCUGAUCAUGCGACACGUCGCCGAGAAGACGCAGACCCCGAUCGAGACGCUUUACGAGACGAUUGCCUGGCCGCUGAACCGAAAAUACGGCCACGCCAUUGAUGCUUUCAAGCUGUCCAUCACCAACCCCGAGGUCUGGAAUGACAUUACCUUCCCCAGCCAGCCCGUGUCGGACGAGCUGAAGCUGUACAUCAGCAAGCGCCUCACGCCCCAGAAGACCAAGGUCCGUGCCGACAUCGAGGUCACCUGCUUCGGCUACGAGGGCAUCGACGCCGUCAAGACUGCGCUGCGCACUGCCGAGGCGGGCAACAGCACGGCCGAGGCCGAGAGCUCGGGCACGGAGGUCAAGGUCAAGCUUGUCUCUCCUCCUCUUUAUGUCCUCACCAGCUCCUGCCUGGAUAAGAACCUGGGCAUUACCCGGCUACAGGAGGCCAUCACGGACAUCAAGAAGAGCAUCGAGGGUGCCGGCGGACACCUGGUGGUCAAGAUGGAGCCCAAGGCCGUGACGGAGAGCGACGACGCCGAGCUUCAGGCUCUGAUGGAGAAGAGGGAGCGCGAGAACGCCGAGGUCAGCGGCGACGAGAGCAUGAGCGAGAGCGACGACAACAUUCCCGAGACUGUCUAA